AUGUCUGUUACCAUUAACGAUACCUCUGAAGAAGCCAAAAUGAUGCGGGAACUUCAUGGUCAGCUUGUUCUCGAUGAACGAGGGUUUCUCAAAAAGGUCACUCAAAAAGAUCCUCGAUUGAACAAGCAAGUCGCCGACCAAUACUAUAGCCAUUGGAGUAAAAAGGAGACCGAGAUCAAGGAUAACGAAUCAUAUGUCAGCAAUCGCCGUGAACAAGCACAGAAUAUGACCAAUGCAUUUUAUGAUUUGGCAACCGAUUUCUAUGAUAUGAUGGCGAGACCUAAGGUAUCAUUAGGGUGGGGUCAAUCGUUCCAUUUUGCUCGGCUUUACAAAGGCGACACAUUUGAAGAAAAUAUCAAACGACACGAAGCAUUUUUAGCACUCAAGCUUGGAUUGAACAAGGGAAUGCGAGUGUUGGAUGUCGGAUGUGGUGUAGGCGGACCACUGCGAGAAAUUGUAAAGUCAUCGGGUUACGCACAUGUCACAGGUAUCAACAAUAAUGCAUACCAGAUCCAGCGUUGCUUUGCUUAUGCGGCAAAGUAUGGUCUCGAGGAUCAUACCGAUUUUGUAAAGGGGGACUUUACGAGAAUGCCCAUGGAAGAUAAUACGUUUGACGCUGUGUUUUCGGUCGAAGCAACGGUACAUGCACCAAGACUCGAGAUGGUAUACAGCGAGAUUUAUCGUGUUCUAAAGCCUGGUGGUCGAUUCGCAUGCUAUGAAUGGUGCACAACACCCAGCUAUGAUGAGACGGAUGCAGUACAACGACGUGUGAUCCAUGGUAUUGAGCAAGGCAAUUCAAUUUCCAAAUUGUAUUCGACGGCCCAAUGUUUGACAGCAGCCAAAUCAGUUGGCUUUAAGGUUGUUGAGGAAGGCGAUCUUGCACCUGUUGAUAAUGCCACCGAGCCUUGGUACAACACUUUAUCGAAGCCACAAGGUGUACAUGGCAUUUUACGAUCUCCUUGGGGUCGAUUCUAUACACACAGCCUAUUGACAUUUCUCAACAAAUUUGGUGUGGUCCCUCCAGGUGUUCUCGAGACAUCCCAACUACUCAAUAAUGCUGCUGAGAUGCUUGUCGCAGGUGGUAAAAUGGAGAUUUUCACUCCAAUGUACUUUUUCCUUGUGGAGAAACCGUUGGAUGCAGAGUAA